AUGCACGCCGAUACCACCACCGCCAUGCUUAGGCUGAAAGGCUGCAGGCAAGUGGAGGGUGGGAAGGAUAGCACGGGUUUAGCAGGACUGGGAUCGACAGGCCUGCAGGCACACACAGCGAUUGGGGAUAGCGCGCGGGAUGAGAGAGAGGAGGGAGCACAACCAGGGAUGGGAGCACAACCAGGGAUGGGAGCACAACCAGGGAUGGGAGCACAACCAGGGAUGGGAGCACAACCAGGGAUGGGAGCACAACCAGGGAUGGGAGCACAACCAGGGAUGGGAUCACAACCAGGGAUGGGAGCACAACCAGGGAUGGGAGCACAACCAGGAAUGGGAGCACAACCAGGGAUGGGAGCACAACCAAGGAUGGGAGCACAACCAGGGAUGGGAGCACAACCAGGGAUGGGAGCACAACCAGGGAUGGGAGCACAACCAGGGAUGGGAGCACAACCAGGGAUGGGAGCACAACCAGGGAUGGGAGCACAACCAGGGAUGGGAGCACAACCAGGGAUGGGAGCACAACCAGGGAUGGGAGCACAACCAGGGAUGGGAGCACAACCAGGGAUGGGAUCACAACCAGGGAUGGGAGCACAACCAGGGAUGGGAGCACAACCAGGAAUGGGAGCACAACCAGGGAUGGGAGCACAACCAGGGAUGGGAGCACAACCAGGGAUGGGAGCACAACCAGGGAUGGGAGCACAACCAGGGAUGGGAGCACAACCAGGGAUGGGAGCACAACCAGGGAUGGGAGCACAACCAGGGAUGGGAGCACAACCAGGGAUGGGAGCACAACCAGGGAUGGGAGCACAACCAAGCGCAUUGACGCCAGGCGCAUUGGCGCCAGGUGCAUUGGCGCCAAGCGCAGGCAUUGACGCCCGGCGCAUUAGCGCCAAGCGCAUUGACGCCAGGCGCAUUGGCGCCAUGCGCAUUGGCGCCAAGCGCAUUGACGCCAGUCGCAUUAGCGCCAAGCGCAUUGACGCCAGGCGCAUUGGCGCCAUGCGCAUUGGCGCCAAGCGCACGCAGUGGCACCAGGGCAUUGACGCCCGGCGCAUUAGCGCCAAGCGCAUUGACGCCAGGCGCAUUGGCGCCAUGCGCAUUGGCGCCAAGCGCAUUGACGCCAGUCGCAUUAGCGCCAAGCGCAUUGACGCCAGGCGCAUUGGCGCCAUGCGCAUUGGCGCCAAGCGCAGUGGCGCCAGGCGCAUUGGCGCCAAGCGCAGUGGCACCAGGCGCACUGACGCCCGGCGCAUUAGCGCCAAAGGCAUUGGCGCCAGGCGCAUUAGCGCCAACGGUAUUGGCGCCAAGCGCAUUGGCGCCAUGCGCAUUGGCGCCAAGCGCAUUAGCGCCAACGGUAUUGGCGCCAUGCGCAUUGGCGCCGAGCGGUGUGGCACCAGGCGCAUUGACGCCAGGCGCAUUAGCGCUUGA